AUGAGUGAUAAUGAAAGUGAUCUUCAUGAAGAUUCUUUAGUUUUUGAUUCAAACUGCGAAACUAGUGAUAAUAUAUCAAUUGGUUCUAGUAGUGGGACUGUUUCAGUAGUCAGUCAAGAAAAUCAAUCUCGUGCAACAAAAAAGAAUACACCUAACUUUCACCAUGAAGAAUCAUCAGAUGAUGAUAGUGAUGAUUCAGAAUUUGAUACUUCAGAGUUAACUGAUAAUUCUUCUCAAAUCAUCAAUUGGGAUGAAGAAACCCAAGAAAGGGUCAAAGCUGAGUUAACUUAUCAAUUCAAAAAUAUAGCUACUUCAAAUUAUGAACAAACAACAGCAUCAAUAUAUACUACUUCCUCAAAUAGUAACAAUCUUCAUCACAAUCAUCUCACACAAACUUCUAUUGCCAAAGAAUGGUGGGCAAUUUGGAAAACAAAAUUUUCUAACAUAGCAAAGUUAGCUAGAAAGUAUUUGUCAAUUUCUGCAUUCUUUGUGCCCAGUAAAAGGUUGUUUUCAGAUGCAGGUAAUUGUAUUACUGUGAAAUGUACACAACUAAAUCCUAA